UGCAGCUUCUCAGUCUCCGCUCCCAGAGCCCGGGCACGCUGUCUCUCUCUCUCUCCCAGCCCCAGCUUUCCAUCCAUGCAUCCCAACCCCUGCUUCCCCCCUAUCCCUGCCAGCUCGCUCCUGAGCUCCCACUUGCAGCUCUAACAAAAUCUCUUUUGCAUCUUUUCUUUUGCAAACUUUAUUCUUUUUAAGAAAAGAGAUCGCAGCGUUUCCAGGGUUUUAUUUUGUUAUAGUUAGGAACAGCUGAGAGGAUCUGUGUUGUUAUAACGUGAACGUUCCUCGGAUCCAGAGACUGUGAAAUUAUCCUUUUUUUGUUUCAUUAUAAAAUAACAAACUUGAUCUGGAUCUACUUCUACAAACCAAGGAGCCGGUGUGUUCCCGGGAUAGGGAUACAGUGUAUUCCCGGGAUAAGGAUACAGUGUGUUCCCGGGAUAGGGAUACAGUGUGUUCCCGGGAUGGGGAUACAGUGCUGCUGGAGAGUUCUGCUGGGAUGGAUAGCUAUAACAGGUAUCACGGUGGAGAAUGUGGCUGGACAGCAGCAAUAUGCAAGAAACCUUGAAGCUCAAAGGUUCAAUCCAACUGAAAUGAGGACAGCAACCAACAGAGUGAGACGGAGAGGACAGCAUGAUAUGUUGAGAGGGCCAAAUGUCUGUGGGUCUCGAUUUCACUCUUACUGCUGCCCAGGAUGGAAAACGCUACCUGGUGGAAACCAAUGUAUUGUCCCUAUCUGUCGAAAUACCUGUGGUGAUGGAUUCUGUUCACGCCCCAACAUGUGCACUUGCUCCAAUGGACAAAUCUCACCUAGCUGCGGAACAAAAUCGCUUCAACAGUGCAAUAUCAGAUGUAUGAAUGGAGGGAAUUGUGCUGAAGAUCAUUGCCAGUGCCAGAAAGGAUACACAGGAACUCACUGUGGACAACCUGUCUGUGAAACCGGUUGCCAGAAUGGUGGUCGGUGUAUCGGUCCGAACCGAUGUGCCUGUGUGUAUGGAUUUACUGGUCCGCAGUGUGAGAGAGAUUACCGAACUGGCCCUUGCUUCACCCAAGUGAAUAAUGAGAUGUGCCAGGGUCAGAUCAGUGGCAUUGUUUGCACCAAAGCACUUUGCUGUGCUACAGUUGGCCGAGCGUGGGGUCAUCCCUGUGAAAUCUGCCCAGCUCAACCUCACCCCUGUCGCCGUGGUUUCAUUCCGAAUAUCCGCUCUGGUGCUUGCCAAGAUGUUGAUGAAUGUCAGGCAAUCCCAGGCAUGUGCCAAGGUGGAAACUGUAUCAACACUGUUGGCUCCUAUGAAUGCAAAUGUCCUGUUGGUCACAAGCAGAGUGAAACAACUCAGAAAUGUGAAGAUAUUGAUGAAUGUCGAAACAUCUUUGGUGCCUGUGAUAGAGGCGAAUGCACCAAUACUAUUGGCAGUUAUUACUGUACCUGUCCCCAUGGCUAUGUAACAUCUGCAGAUGGUUCUCAGUGCAUCGAUCAGAGAGCUGGCAUAUGUUUUUACAGCCUGGUAAAUGGUCGCUGUGCUCAGGAGCGGGCAGGACGUUACACCAAGAUGCAGUGUUGCUGUGAAUCUGGGCGCUGUUGGGCCCUUGGCUCUGUUCCAGAGAUGUGCCCAAUCAGAGGUUCUGACGAAUAUCGCAGACUUUGCAUUGAGGGUGCUCCUGUUGUACAAGGUGUUCCACAGCAUGGAUCAAAUUCUCGACAGGGAUUUGACACUCCAGGUUUACCUAGUUUUGAAUUUGGUGGAGAUGUCUUUGGACCGCACGAUCCUGCUGUCAGACCUGCCACUGUCGGUGGUGGCCCCGGGGGAGGUACAGGUGGAGGUGCAAUCUUUAAUGGACAACGUAGAAUUCCAGGGAUUGGCACUGUUUCCAUUAAUCAAACAAACAUAGAUGUCUGUAAACACUUCACCAAUCUCUGUCUGAAUGGGCGCUGUAUCCCCACACCAACAAGUUACCGUUGUGAAUGCUAUAUGGGUUUCAAGCAAGAUCUACGCAGAGAAUGUGUUGAUGUUGAUGAGUGUACAUCGAGCCCCUGUACAAAUGGUGACUGUAUUAACACUCCGGGUUCCUACCAUUGUAAAUGCCACACUGGAUUCCAGGGCACGCCCACUAAGCAAGCCUGCAUUGAUAUUGAUGAGUGUAUUCAAAAUGGACUUCUUUGUAAAAAUGGUCGUUGUGUGAACACAGAUGGUAGUUUCCAGUGUAUUUGUAAUGCUGGGUUCGAACUGACUCCAGAUGGAAAGAAUUGUAUUGACCAUGAUGAGUGUGCAACAACCAACAUGUGCCUCAAUGGUAUGUGUAUCAAUGAAGAUGGAAGCUUCAAGUGCAUCUGCAAACCUGGCUUUGUGCUCGCACCCAAUGGGCGAUAUUGCAUUGACACUGAUGAAUGCCAAACUCCAGGCAUCUGCAUGAAUGGUCGUUGCAUCAAUACUGAAGGUUCUUUCAGGUGUGAGUGCCCCCCAGGCCUCGCUGUUGGUGUGGAUGGGCGGGUUUGUGUUGACACACAUAUGCGCAGCACAUGCUACGGAGGAAUUAAGAAGGGACUAUGUGUCCGUGCAUUCCAUGGGGCAGUGACAAAGUCUGAGUGCUGCUGUGCCAGUCCAGAUAAUGGGUUCGGAGAGCCAUGCCAGCCUUGUCCAGCGAAAAACUCAGCUGAGUUCCAGGCGCUGUGUAGCAGUGGAAUUGGUAUCACAGCUGAUGGAAGAGAUAUUAAUGAAUGUGAUCUGGAUCCGGAUAUUUGCCAACAUGGAAUAUGUGAAAAUCUUCAUGCCAGCUAUCGAUGUAUCUGUAAUAUUGGCUAUGAAUCUGACCUAAGUGGGAAGAAUUGUGUGGACAUUGAUGAAUGUGCAGUGAACAGGCUCCUCUGCGAUAAUGGUCUUUGCCGGAACACACCUGGUAGCUACACCUGCAGCUGCCCAAAGGGCUACCUCUUCAAACCAGACUCUGAGAUGUGUGAAGAUGUUGAUGAAUGUGAGAGCAGCCCUUGUGUCAAUGGAGAAUGCAGGAACACAGUCGGCUCAUUCUCGUGUGAGUGCUCCACUGGUAGCAAACUGGAUCAAAGCAGAACUGUCUGCAUUGACAGCGUGAAAGGAACUUGCUGGUUGAACAUCCAAAACAGCCGCUGUGAGGUGAACAUCAAUGGAGCCACACUGAAGUCAGAAUGCUGCGCUACUCUGGGAGCUGCAUGGGGCAGUCCUUGUGAACGCUGUCAACUAGAUACCACCUGUCCAAGAGGAUAUGCAAGAGUUAAGGGUGUAGCCUGUGAAGAUGUGAAUGAAUGCACAGUCUUUCCUGGCAUUUGCCCAAAUGGACACUGUGUUAAUACUCAAGGAUCCUUCCAGUGUGAGUGUCCUGAAGGGUUGACCAGAGAUAGCACGGGUCGGAUUUGUGUGGAUAUCCGUCAGGAACAGUGUUAUCUCAAGUGGGAUGAGGAUGAAUGCACAGAACCAGUGGCUGGAAGAUUUCGAAUGGAUGCUUGCUGCUGUUCGAUUGGAUCUGCCUGGGGAGUGGAUUGUGAAGAGUGCCCCAGGCCUGGCACUAAACAGUAUGAGCUGCUUUGUCCGAGAGGCCCAGGGUUCACCAACAGGGGUGACAUUCUCACAGGAAGACCAUUCUAUAAAGAUGUUAAUGAAUGCAAAGUGUUUAACAACCUCUGCAGUAACGGGAAGUGCAGAAACACCAUCGGCAGUUUCCGGUGUAAAUGUGACAAUGGGUUUGCUCUGGAUAUGGAGGAAAGGAAUUGCACAGACAUUGAUGAAUGUCGGAUUUCUCCUGGCCUCUGUGGAAAUGGAACUUGUGUCAAUACUCCUGGCCAUUUUGAGUGCGAGUGUUUUGAAGGCUUUGAGAGUGGAUUUAUGAUGAUGAAGAAUUGCAUGGAUAUCGAUGAGUGUGAGAGGAACCCUCUUUUAUGCCGUGGUGGGACCUGUAUAAAUACAGAAGGCAGUUACAGGUGUAUAUGCCCUCCAGGACAUGAGCUGACUCCCGAUGGUAGUGCCUGUGUUGACAUCAAUGAGUGUUCCCUCAGCGAUAAUCUUUGUAGAAAUGGCAAGUGUGUAAAUAUGGUUGGAACAUAUCAAUGUGCUUGCAACACUGGAUACCAGGCCACCCCCGAUAGGCAAGGCUGUGUUGACAUUGAUGAAUGCACCAUCAUGAAUGGCGGCUGUGACACACACUGUACAAAUUCCGAAGGAAGCUAUGAAUGUAGUUGCAUUGAGGGCUACGCUCUUAUGCCCGAUAAGAGAACCUGUGCAGAUAUUGAUGAAUGUGAGGAUAAUCCUGAUAUCUGUGAUGGUGGACAGUGCACUAACAUUCCCGGUGAAUACCGCUGUCUGUGUUUUGAUGGAUUCAUGGCUUCGAUGGACAUGAGGACCUGCAUUGAUGUGAAUGAAUGUGAGCUGAAUCCUAAUAUCUGUCUCUACGGUGAUUGUGAAAAUACCAAAGGUUCCUUCAUUUGCCAUUGCCAACUGGGAUAUUCGGUAAAGAAGGGCACCACUGGAUGUUCAGAUGUUGAUGAGUGUGAAAUUGGGGCCCACAACUGCGAUAUGCAUGCUUCAUGUGUCAAUAUUCCUGGAAGUUUCCAAUGUAGCUGCCGUGAGGGAUGGAUUGGCGAUGGCACUGUGUGUGAAGAUCUUGAUGAGUGCAUCAAUGAAACACAUCAUUGCAAUCUCAACGCCAAAUGUAUGAAUACACCAGGAUCGUAUCGCUGCCUUUGUUCCGAAGGUUUCAAUGGUGAUGGUUUUACAUGUGCAGAUUUGGAUGAGUGUGCAGAAAAUGUUAAUCUGUGUGACAAUGGACAGUGCCUCAACACCCCUGGAGGAUACCGAUGUGACUGUGAGAUGGGAUUUACACCAGCUUCUGACAGCAGAUCCUGUCAAGAUAUUGAUGAGUGUUCAUUUCAGAACAUCUGUGUAUUUGGCACGUGCCAGAAUUUGCCGGGAAUGUUCCGGUGUGUCUGUGAUGAUGGCUAUGAACUUGACAGAAGUGGAGGCAACUGUACAGAUGUCAAUGAAUGUGCUGAUCCAGUCAAUUGCAUCAAUGGAUUAUGUGUCAAUACACCGGGUAAUUACCUGUGUAACUGUCCCACUGAUUUUGAGCUUAAUCCAACAGGAAUUGGAUGUGUUGAUACUCGUGUUGGAAACUGCUUCUUAGAAUAUGGCCAGCGAGGUGAUGGAGGUCUGUCCUGCAGUGUCGAUAUUGGUGUUGGAGUCACACGGGCCUCCUGUUGUUGUUCUCUGGGAAGUGCCUGGGGUAACCCUUGUGAAAUCUGCCCUGAUGUCAAUACAACUGAAUACAAGACACUUUGUCCAGGGGGUGAAGGAUUUAGACCCAACCCCAUCACUGUCAUCUUAGAGGAUAUUGAUGAAUGCCAGGAGUUGCCAGGAUUGUGCCAAGGUGGGAACUGUGUCAACACAUUCGGCAGUUUUCAGUGUGAAUGCCCGGCUGGUUAUUACUUAAAUGACGAAACCCGGAUCUGUGAAGACACUGAUGAAUGUGUCACCCACCCUGGUAUCUGUGGACCUGGGACAUGUUACAACACCUUGGGUAACUACACUUGUGUUUGCCCUCCAGAGUACAUGCAGGUCAAUGGGGGAAACAACUGCAUGGACAUGAGAAAGAGCUUAUGCUAUCGACACUACAACGAGACAUGUGAGAAUGAGCUGUCCUUCAACUUAACCAAAAAAAUGUGCUGUUGUUCUUACAAUGUGGGUAAAGGCUGGAACAAACCCUGUGAACCUUGCCCAACACCUGCUACAUCUGAGUACCAGUUGCUGUGUGGAAACCAAGGCCCUGGCUUCACCAUUGACUUUGAAACUGGGAAACCUGUUGAUAUCGAUGAAUGCAGAAAAAUUCCAGGGAUUUGUGCAAAUGGUGUCUGUAUCAAUCAGAUUGGCAGCUUUCGAUGUGAAUGUCCAAUGGGAUUUAGUUACAACGACUUGCUUCUCAUCUGUGAAGAUAUUGACGAAUGCAGUAAUGGUGACAACCUUUGUCAACGUAAUGCAGACUGUAUUAACAUUCCUGGCAGUUACCGUUGUGAAUGUUCUGCUGGAUAUAAACUAGCACCUAAUGGAGCUUGCAUUGAUCGCAAUGAGUGUCUGGAAAUUCCAAAUGUCUGUAGUCAUGGUGACUGCAUUGACCUGAAAGGAAGUUAUCGGUGUACCUGCCACAAUGGCUUCAAGCAGACUCCUGAUCAGACCAUGUGCAUGGAUAUUGAUGAAUGUGAACGACAGCCUUGUGGAAAUGGAACUUGCAAGAACACUGUGGGAUCGUACAAUUGUCUUUGCUUCCCAGGAUUUGAGAUAACUCACAAUAAUGACUGCAUGGAUAUUGAUGAAUGUGCCACUCUGUUUGGCCAAGUCUGUCGAAAUGGACAAUGUUUUAACAGCAUUGGCUCCUUCCAUUGUUUUUGUCAGGAUGGCUAUGAGCUUACACCUGACAAGAAGAACUGUAUGGAUAUCAAUGAAUGUUUGUUAGUUCCUGGAUCAUGUGCCCCUGGGACCUGCCAGAACCUCGAUGGUUCAUACAGAUGUAUCUGUCCUUCAGGAUAUGAAGUGCAAAAUGAAAACUGUAUCGAUAUUAAUGAAUGUGAAGAAGAUCCAAAUAUCUGUCUGUUUGGUAAUUGUGAAAACACCGCUGGCAGUUUCCAGUGUGUUUGCCGGCCAGGAUUUAUUCUCUCAGAGAAUGGGCGUAGAUGCUUUGAUACACGCAAAAGUUUCUGCUUCACCAAGUUUGAGAAUGGAAAGUGCUCAGUGGCGAAACCUGCCAAUACAACCAAAGCAAAAUGUUGUUGCAGUAAAAUGCCGGGAGAGGGAUGGGGAGAUCCUUGUGAACUCUACAUAAAUGAAUGUGCCCAGAACCCACUGCUGUGUGCUUUCCGAUGCAUUAACACCUUUGGUUCCUAUGAAUGUACAUGCCCUGCCGGUUACACUUUGAGGGAAGAUGGGAAGAUGUGCAGAGACCUCGAUGAAUGUACUCAGGAACUCCAAGACUGUGAAUCGCGAGGCAUGAUGUGCAAAAACCUGAUUGGUACCUUUAUGUGUAUCUGCCCACCUGGAAUGGUACGCAGACCCGAUGGAGAUGGUUGUAUGGAUAACAAUGAAUGCUGGAGUAAGCCAGGCAUCUGUGAAAAUGGGCGCUGUAUAAACAUUGUAGGCAGCUACAGAUGUGACUGUGGUGAAGGUUUCCGAGCAACUCCCUCGGGCACUGAGUGCAUUGAUAACCGAGAGGCCUUCUGCUUUGCAGAGGUUCUUCAAACCAUGUGUCAAAUGUCCUCUAGCAGUCGCAACCUGGUCACCAAAUCCGAGUGUUGCUGUGACGGUGGUCGUGGUUGGGGUAACCAAUGUGAACUCUGCCCGCUCCCUGGCACUGCCCAGUACAAAAAGAUGUGUCCACAUGGUCCAGGCUACACAACUGAUGGACAAGACAUCGAUGAAUGUAAGGUGAUGCCUAACCUAUGCCUGAAUGGACAAUGUAUCAACACACUGGGUUCUUACCGCUGUCUCUGUAAGCUUGGUUACACCACAGACCUCACGGGUACAGCAUGCAUCGAUCUUGAUGAAUGCUCUCAGGCUCCAAAACCAUGCAACUUUAUCUGUAAGAACACAGAAGGAAGCUAUCACUGUUCAUGUCCGAGAGGCUACAUUCUGCAGGAGGAUGGAAAAACAUGUAGAGAUCUUGAUGAAUGUUCUACAAAACAGCACAAUUGUCAGUUCCUGUGUGUUAAUACAAUUGGUGGAUUUACAUGCAAGUGCCCACCUGGAUUCACACAGCAUCACACUGCCUGCAUUGAUAACAAUGAAUGUGCAUCCCAGCUCUCACUGUGUGGACCCAAGGGACUUUGUCAGAACUCGCCUGGAAGUUUUAGCUGUGAAUGUCAGCGAGGAUUUACCCUUGAUAACACUGGGUUAAACUGUGAGGAUGUGAAUGAAUGCGAUGGAAGUCACAGAUGCCAGCAUGGUUGUCAAAAUAUGCUGGGAGGUUACAGGUGCAGCUGUCCGCACGGUUACAUGCAGCACUAUCAGUGGAACCAGUGUGUUGAUGAGAAUGAAUGCUCCAAUCCAGCUUCUUGUGGUUCAGCAACCUGUUAUAACACACUUGGCAGCUACAAAUGUGCCUGUCCUUCUGGCUAUAACUUUGAUGAGUUUGCCAAUAGCUGCCAUGAUGUGAAUGAAUGUUCAUCUUACAAGAAUCCAUGCUCUUAUGGCUGUUCAAAUACAGAAGGCGGCUAUCUCUGUGGCUGCCCACCUGGGUAUUACAGAGUUGGACAAGGCCAUUGUGUCUCUGGCAUGGGAUUCAAUAAAGGGCAAUAUGGGCCUUUUGGUGGAGAUGCAGAUGAUGAAAAUCUUUUAUCACAUGAAACUUGCUAUGAAUGUAAGAUCAAUGGUUACUCCAAGAGCAGCAGCAGAAACCGAAGAAGUGCCAAUGAUACCAAGUCUGAACAGGAUCAACGGAUUAGUUUGGCUAGUCUGGAUACAGACAACCCCGUGGAGAUGAAUCUAAAUAUCUCACAGCUGAACUACAAGAAGCAUAUUUUAGAACUUGUGCCAGCUAUUGAACCACUCUACAAUCAUGUUCGUUAUGUUAUCUCCAACGGAAAUGACAACAAUUACUUCCGUAUCCACCGAAAGGAUGGCCUGAGUUACCUGCACUUGACAAAAAGGAGGCCUCUGGAAGGUACAUACACACUGGAAAUCACCAGCAUUCCUCUGUAUAAGAAAAAGACACUGCAGAAACUGGAAGAUAAAAAAGACAAUGACUACCUCCUUGGUGAGCUGGGAGAAGCGCUCAAAAUGAGACUACAGAUCCAGCUUCAUUGAACGAGCUAAGACAUACGUUGCUUCUAUUCAAAAAUAUUCCUUCAAUUAUCUCCACAGUAUGUCUGCAAUUGAAAAAGCUUUCACAUGUCAAGGGCUGUGAUUCUACAUUGGACAUUGUAACUUCAUGUUCUCUCCAAGACUGCGGGAUCCUUCAUUCAAUAAAUGGGUUUUUACACACUGCCAUGUUAACAGUAUUCCAUAUAACCUCAGUCAUGGUUGCUGUAUAUUUAAUAUCACCUCAGUCGGUGAGCUCAUAUUUUACAUGAGUGUGUGAGUAUGUGAGUUGUAAAUGGCUUCCAAUAAUGUAGACCAAUAGAAACAUAAUGAGCCAUUUUCUGGAUUACAGAUAAUAUUAUGUAACUGUUCAUAUCACAUUAAUAUCAAUAUGCAAUGCUAAAGUCAGAUUGUACUGUACACUAUGGGGCAUUCUCAGAGGAACCAUUUCAAUCACCACAAAUCCUUUCCUUUCAAGUGGUGCAAUAUUUGAUAGAUAACUGGUACCAGAGCCCAGAACAAAGGGCUAUAUUUUUUCACUUGCAUGUUUAAAGACGACAGUAAAUGUAUACUUUAAUGGUGCUUGUACAGAAAACUGGUGCUAAUGAUAUUUAUUCUACCAGGGUCAGCAUACUGUACAACCAAAAACUAGAUCUCAUCAGGAAGUAACUGGCAUUGGAAUCUGUUUCAGUACAUCAUGAUUUGUGCAGCAUUUUACAUUGUUUCAUGUUUUCAUUGUAUUUCAUGUAUAAAGGAUAAUGUGUGCACAUUGAAUGCCUGCUAGUUGCUAACUCGAAGAUUGUAAUGUCUUCUUUUUAUAUACUGUACAAAUGUGUUCUAUAUCAGGGGUAUAUUGGUCAUUGAUUGGUUCUUGUGAAAAAUCCAUGAAAAGUAUCUGAGUUUAUAAAAGAUAGUACCUCCCUGUUUGUACCAGUAAGGAAAUGAGCCUAAUUGUAAUACAUAUCUGUGUGGUCAAAAAAUGCAUUUUGCAUUGAAGAUUUCUUAGCACAAAUAUCGCAUUUUUUUAUUUAGAAGGGAGAUGAAAGAUUUGUAUAAAAUUCUAAAAAAAAACUGAAAAGGAACAUUUUGUUAUUGGGGUGCAUUAUUUUGUAGAUUUGAGAAAUCAGUAUGCCAACAACUUUUCUUACAAUAAAGCUUAUUAUUUUGGGUUA